AUGAAGAAAAUUUCUAAUUACAUCAGCGCCUUGAUUGGGAAAGGGAACACACCAUUUUUAUAGAAAGUUAAUUAAAGUUCAUUGAUGACUAAUACUCCAAUAAUUUUGAUGACUGAUAUUUUAUAUUUAAUUGAAUGUUUUGAAGGGUAUGGUCCAGAAUGUUAAGGAAUUUAUUUAACAGGACAAGAAUACUUACAAUAAUUUUUUCGGGAACUAUCUUAGAAAGCAUUAAAUGGAAUAAUGGCAGUAAAAAUUGCAUUAACAAUACAUUUGGUUUUAUAUGAGUUUCAGAUAGGAGAAAUAGUAGCUGAAGAAAUGAUUUCAGGUGAUAAUAAAUUAUAAGUAAUUGAGACUUAGAGUCAUGGAUAAUUUGUAUAAAAUUAUUUAAUGUAUUUAUUCAAGUUGGCUUAAAAUUUAAAAUUAUUUUAUUCAUGUAAAAUAGGAUAAUAUCCAAUCUUUGAUUAAGAAGUUACUUAUACAAAUUACACAGAAUCUACAAGAGAGAAUCAAAUUAAUUAAUUUAAAAUCUUCAAAAAGUAAUAAAACUUUAAAGAUACUAAUCUUUAAUAUAGAGAAUAUUAAUAAAAAAAGUUAGAAAGCCAUUUAUAAAAUAAAACUGGUUAUAUAACAAUAGAUUAGAAAAUUCUUUAUUUAUUUAAAUUACAAAAUUUGUUAAAUCAAUGUUUAUAAAUACUAAAUUUGUGUAUAGGUGUGUGCCAGAUUGAAAAAUAAGAUGUCAAAAAUAUAUAUGUAGAGAUUAGCUGCGUACUUUGGAAUGAUGCUAUGGUAAUGUACAAAUUUGCAACUUCAGAGGUAUAUAUUAAUAGAUACAAUAUUAGAUAUGUAAAUUACUAGAUUCAUUUCGCUUCUUGCCUCUUCAAUAACUCUAAUCUUUAUAAUAGGUAUAUUGGGCUACAACUAACUCUACAAAGAGUAUUAAGUGGAUAUAUAAUAAUAGAAAGUACUUUGAUAGUUAAAAUAUUGUUAAAUAACCAUUUUGGUUUGAAGAGAAUAAUUAAUUAACAAGAGAAAUAUAAAAUAGUAUAAUCGAUAGUAAAAUUAAUUCAAUUCCAGAGUAAAAUUUCUAAAUAACGCAGGUCAUGUCGUUAACUCAAGCUGUAGACUCCAAAAAGUUCCAAUUUGAAAUCUCCUUUGUAAAUUAAAUAACCUUACUCUGGAAGAAUCUAAAAUUAGAAGAAUUAACCCUUUUUUGUUGCUCAUAAAAAGCUACAAGAAUCUAUCUCUUAGUACACUGAGAUAAAGGAUCAAAGCUAAUAAUAGAAUAAUCAAAAGAAUAAUAAUAUAAAACAUGCAAUAUAUCCAAUAUUUUCAGAUGAAGAAAUGUAAUUGUCUCCUAAGAUGCAAUAGUAAUAAUUAAUAAAAUGA